AUGAACAAAGUGGACGCGCCAUGCCGACCCGCCGCCUCUCUGAAAUUCACUAUUGACAACAUCCUCAAUCUCAAGACAAGCGGGAGGAACUGUGACAGCUGUCACCCCGCCGGACAGCAGGAUGACUCGACCACGGCGAUGCGUAAAGACGGUGUCCAGAGGCACCACGAGGAGCACGAGGCCGAGCAGCGGCAGGACCCGGAUAGCAGGCUUAACGAAAGUGGUCAGCGUAGCAGCACAGCUGAAACUAAACCACAGCGGGUUGAACCAAGUGUCACUUUGUUCACAGAGUUGAUCACAGACUGCAGCCGAGCAACGGAAUCGGUCAUCAUCAGCCGCGGAGACCCGAAGAAGGCGACGGAGGCGCGCUUCGAGAGCGGAGACAGCAGCUGCGACGACAGCAGCUCCACCACGACGGCCACAGACCCCCACAAAGGAGGCGGCCCCGCCAAGAAGAGCAAAAUGAUAACGAAAAAGAAGACGCGCACUAUCUUUUCCAAGAGACAGAUUUUCCAGUUGGAGUCUACCUUCGACAUGAAACGCUAUCUGAGCAGCGCAGAGCGCGCCUGCCUCGCCAGUUCCCUUCAGCUCACGGAGACCCAGGUGAAAAUAUGGUUUCAGAACCGCAGGAAUAAAUUGAAACGGCAAAUCUCGACCGAAAUCGACGGACCAGUUAACGAUUUCCCCGAGACUGGAAAGCCCGUGGUGGUGGGGCAGCUCCCGGCCUUGUACAAAGAGAGCAACCUGCUGGGGAGAUGCCUGCUGCCCAUGCCUCUGCCUGUCGUUUACCCGGGCAGUAGCACGCCUUACCUCUGCUUCUCAAACGCCAGCAAGUACUUCAGCCUGUACGACGGGGACGUAUGAUCUUUUUCAUGAAUUCCCCACGUGAAAUAGACACUUUUUUGGUGGUCUGUUGCCAAGUUUCAAGCAUUUAAGGUGUUAAGAUGGGUGGGCCGGACCUAGGCGUUACUGUUCUGCAAG